CUUCAAAAAGAGAAAAGAUGGAUCUGCCCGAGAUCAAGUACACUCAGUUGUUUAUAAACAAUGAAUUUGUGGACGCGGCUUCAAAAAAAACCUUCGCUACGAUAAAUCCCUGCACAGAGGAGGUUAUAGCGUUAGUUGCUGAGGGAGAUAGAGCUGAUAUAGAUCUAGCAGUACAAGCUGCUCGUCGAGCAUUUAAGAUUGGUUCCCCCUGGAGAACCAUGGAUGCUAGCAAACGGGGCAAGCUCAUGUUAAGUUUGGCUCAACUUAUGACAAGGGACAAAGAAUAUUUGGCCCAGUUGGACACCUUAGACAACGGGAAGCCCUACCAGGAGGCACUGGGGGACAUUGAGCAGUCGAUUGAUGUGAUCCAGUACUUCGCAGGCUGGGCGGAUAAAAUACAUGGAGAUACUAUACCAGCAGACGGGAAUGUGAUGACAAUUACAAAGAAGGAACCAGUCGGAGUUGUUGGUCAAAUAAUCCCCUGGAACUACCCUGUAGCAAUGCUAGCCUGGAAAUGGGGUCCUGCCCUGGCGGCAGGAUGCACUUUAGUUCUUAAACCAGCUGAUGCAACUCCAUUAUCUGCUCUGUAUAUGGGUCAACUCUCUAGAGAGGCAGGAUUUCCCCCUGGUGUUAUCAACAUUGUUAACGGGUUCGGUGCAACUGCAGGCGCUGCUAUUGCUGAACACAUGAAUAUUGACAAGGUGGCAUUCACAGGAUCUACUCAAGUUGGCAGGAUUAUCAUGCAGGCUGCUGCUCGAACUAACCUAAAGCGUGUAUCUUUGGAGCUGGGAGGGAAAAGUCCUCUCGUUAUAUUUGAUGAUGUGGAUUUAGACGAGGCGGUGAAUAUUGCAUACAAUGCUAUAUUCACAAACCAUGGACAAAACUGUUGUGCAGGCUCCAGAACUUUUGUACAGGAUGGUAUUUAUGACGAGUUUGUGAAGAAGGCAGCAGAGUUAGCCAAGAAAAGAGUAGUGGGGGAUCCAUGGACAGAUGUUGAUCAGGGGCCUCAGGUCAAUAAAGUGCAGUUUGAUCGUAUUCUUGGAUUCAUAAAUCAGGGGAAGGAACAAGGAGCUAAACUUGUAGCAGGUGGACAGAGAGUUGGAGAUCUUGGAUAUUUUGUGCAACCAACUGUGUUUGCGGAGGUUACUGAUGAAAUGGUGAUAGCUAAAGAGGAAAUUUUCGGACCGGUUCAAUCUAUUCUUAGGUUCUCAACUAUGGAGGAGGUGAUAAAACGAGCCAAUGAUACACAAUAUGGACUAGCUGCAGGAGUUCUGACCCGGGACAUAAAGAAAGCAUUAGAGUUUAGCCACAGUAUUGAGGCAGGCAGUGUUUGGAUUAAUUGCUAUGAUCAUACUCUAGCCCAGACGCCGUUUGGAGGAUUCAAGCAGUCCGGUCAUGGAAGGGAGUUAGGACCUGAGGGGGUCAAAGAGUACAUCGAGACUAAAACCAUCACGAUGGCCCUCAACCAGAAGAAUUCUUAAGAGCCGAUCUAUGAGUGGACGUUGCAAUAUCAGUUCUGGAUAUUUAACCUGUUUUAAAAGCUUGAAAAUGUUUACUUUUGCUGUGAUUAUCUAGUUUAAAGAGACAGUAAGCGUAAUUUUAAGCGGCCCUUCAAGCAAAGAGGGCAAUUUCCGAUAUGCAUCGGUACCCUUUAAACCUUUGACAGUUCAUCGAAGGUGAAGAUUUCCCUGUUAAUAUCUCUCAAUUGUUCGGAUUCCUUUAAAUCCAGAGUGAGUGCUCUUGUACAGUCUGUGCUUGUGUAAUGCAACGCAAAAAAUUCAAAAUUAAAUGUUUAUUUUCUACGACUUCUAUAAAGUAAAUAUUAAUAUUUCUUAAAUGUACAAUGUUUAACGAUUUAAGUUUUUGUAGAUUAUUAAGAAUACGUCAGACAUCCCUGAUCGGUCCAAAGUUUAAAGGGAACUGUUGUGAAUCGAACACGUCACUCUACAAAUGGAGGGUCACUUGAA